AUGUCAACGACCUCGAUGGAUGAAAUCCUGUGCGGAAGGGAUAAAUCUGUCUUCGCUCUUUGUGUUAUCACCAACAUUUUGGCUGUGGAGGCUCUUGUUGUUGGCAAAAAAGGGGGAGUUGUGGGUUUUUUGAUUUUACUUGGUGCCAAUGACUAUCUGGAACCCUAUACGUCAGCGGAGUUAGUCAAGGUUCUGCGACGAACGAGAUGUCAACGUGCGGUUUACGCUACCGUUAAACUAAGUGUCAAUCCGCUGAUUCGAUUGCUUGAUAAACAACUCUACCUGCUCUACCGCCGCCGCACUGACAUCGGUCUGCUCUCUGCGAAGCGAAGACUAACUCGCUCGCCCAAUUGGUCAAGCUCGCAACGAAGAAGCGGCAGGAACUCCGGGGGCUCCCGACUUUCCGUAAACCACGAAACUGGUCAAAUGCAGCAUCCUCGUACCGUGCUUCCCCGCGCUAUACUCCUAAACCAGGUGACAGUAAGCUUCAAUUUGUGGCCGAUUAGGUCUCGCAGUGAAACCUUAAAACCUGGAUUUUUCCGAUCUGAGGACCUGGUACUGGAGGUGAAGGAAAAGAUCAAUGAAGGUGUUGGUAUGACUGUCAAGUGGACUGAACUUCUUACAUUCAUAACCGGAUUGAACUGUGAGGAGCUGUUGAAGCAGAUCAGUAGUCAGUCUUGGGCCUUCUGGUUCUCUUCACUGAAAGGAUCAGACCUCUCCUCUCAGGAACAGCCUUCUGUCAGCAAAAGAAAAGACAAGAAGGCUGAGGUGGGUGUGGUGACGACAUUGCCUGUCACCAUCGACAAGGAAAGCGGACUAGUUGGCUCUGUUGGGAAGGUGCUCAGUGAGUCCGUCACUUGUCCGACUCCCAACCCUCCCCCACAAACCGUCCAGUGGAAGUCGCUUCCCGUCGUUUGCAUGUUCAAAGCCUUCAAGUCAGUUAAGUCCUCCAGCUUCACACUUGCACAAGACGACUCUACCCUGCAUCAGCUCCUCCUCUCCUCGUCUACUUCCAUCCUCACCUUCACAAUUUCUAAUUCCACCUUCCCCUCCUCCUCCUCCUUCUCUCAGCAAUCCUUCAAUACCUCCACCUGA